AUGGUAUUUUAUUAUAGCUCGUCGCAGCGUUUGCGUUCAUGUGGGAAAAUUGUGUCAAAUUGUGGUCGACCGCAAGAGACAAAUUGUUGGAACUGCAGUGAUGCAGUGAAGUGUACGAAGCAAUUCUUUUGUCAUACAAUACAACCGCCAGUGGAAGCCCAGAAUUUGUUUGAGUAUAUAGGAAUACCGGUAUCGUUCGAUAUCGAAGAGUCAGUGCUCAAGAAGAGGUUCCGAGAAUUACAGUCGAAACUUCAUCCUGAUAAAUUCGUGCAUGCCUCAGAGCUUGAGAAAGAAAUUUCGGACGAGCACUCUCGAAGGUUGAACGAGUCCUACAAAAUACUAUUGGAUCCCUAUCUGCGAGCAAAGUAUCUUCUCAAAAUACUGGGAAAUAAGGAAGAAUAUUUGGAUGACGAUUCUUUGUUGAAAAUGAUGGAAUGGAACGAAAAAGUGGCAGUUAUAGAAGAUGAAGAGGAAUUGUCUGAAGAGAAAAGAAAAUUACAGAAAGAAAUCGACAUUCUUUUGGCCCGAUUAAAGGAACUGUUUGCAGAAAAGGAUAUUAAGGAAGUGUGCUCAGCAAUCACCAGGCUCAGCUAUCUUUAUUCGUUGCGCGAUAUCGCGGGAGUUAAUGACCGACGUGAAUGGAUUUCCAUCCGUAAAACAGAGGUUAACUGA